CCAAUGUCGAACUUCCUCCUUCCCCCUACAACUCAUUCAUGGUCUCAGCUCUGUGCAUUAAGGAGCCCUAGUUUUUCAAAAUUUUCGCUUCUAUCUCUUCCCUUUUUCAAAUUUUCCAUUGUAAAUAUUCCUGAUUUUUUCUCCCCACUCAAAGGCGAAGAAGAAUCAAUCAAGUUGGACUAAAAUUGCAAAUUGAUCAGGAUAACCAGCUACCGUGCGUUGAGGGUUCAGAGAUUUUUCGUUUCAGAUCAAUACUUGGUGCAAACACAAGAAUUUGUUGAAAUUGAUAUGGCAGAUGAUGAUGAUUUCACCUUUUGUCAGGUUGCUCCACCCGCAAAUCAGGAUGGUCUGGGAGCAGAGGAGAUUCUUCCCAAGAUUGGUGGUAUCACUAUGAAAGAUAAUCUCUCAAAUAGCGCUGGUGUUAAACAGAAAGAUGGUAUUCUGUGGAAAGAUCAGGCGUCGCAAAAUGCUUCCUUUAAGAAGCAGGGAACAGUUGGUUCUUUGUCUUUUAAUGUCACUGACACGUCGCCUCCAAAACCUUCGAGUGAAUCAUCAAAACAAAAUGUCUCAACAAAUGUUGGAGCUUCAGCCGGUGUUCCACAGGAACAGAAGACUGUUAACAGAAAGCCUGUAGCUCGUGCUAAGGUCCCUUUCGAGAAGGGGUUUAGCCAAGUGGAUUGGUUAAGACUUACAAACACACAUCCAGACCUUGCAGGAUUGAAGGGGAAGUCAAAUAAAAGGCUUAUAUCUAUGGAAGAAGUUAAACAACACCAAACAGAAGGUUCUGUUUGGACAGUUUUAAAAGGUCGCGUAUACAAUAUAUCACCUUACAUGAAAUUUCACCCUGGAGGUAUUGAUAUGCUAAUGAAGGCGGCCGGAAAAGAUUGCACUUCUUUAUUCAAUAAAUACCACGCCUGGGUCAAUGCUGAAUUCUUGAUGGAGAAGUGCCUGGUUGGCACUUUAGAUGAUAGCAGAUGAAGGGCAACAAAUUUUCAAUCAUUGGACAAGAUUUUCGUCCAUUUGUACUAAGCAUAAUAGACUCACUCAACAAGAUGGUAAAUUAUACAUGUCACUACAUUAUUUUUCAUGCAACCAAAAGCUGACAUGCACUCUGGGGAAUAAAUCGUCCUUUAUAGAAACUAAUAGCGUACCAUUUAAA